GACCGACGGCUUCCUCUUCUCAGGCGCGUCGCUUGAUUUUCUCUGAGACAAGCCCACCCGUCCAGCAAAAUAGAGUCCCUCAGGGUGACGGUUGAUUUCCUGAAGGUGCCCCUUGGCCUGAAGAAGCCGGUGCUGAAGGAGGUGGCUGUGGGGCCCCCCAAAAGGCCCCAGCCUGUGGCCCUGGAGCGCUACAAGGCCCGGCGUUCGGACGCCAUGGACACUGAGUCCCAGUACUCGGGCUAUUCCUACAAGUCGGGCCACUCCCGCAGCUCCCGCAAGCACAGGGACCGCCGGGACCGACACCGCUCUAAGAGCCGAGAUGGGAGCCGCGGCGACAAGUCGGUGACGAUCCAGGCCCCAGGGGAGCCCCUGCUGGACAAUGAGUCCACGCGAGGGGAUGAGCGGGAUGACAACUGGGGGGAGACGACCACUGUAGUGACGGGCACCUCAGAGCACAGCAUCUCCCACGAUGACCUCACGCGCAUCGCCAAGGACAUGGAGGACAGCGUCCCGCUGGACUGCUCCCGGCACCUGGGCGUGGCGGCGGGGGCCACGCUGGCGCUGCUCUCUUUCCUCACGCCGCUGGCUUUCCUGCUGCUGCCCCCGCUGCUGUGGCGGGAGGAGCUGGAGCCGUGCGGGACGGCCUGCGAGGGCCUCUUCAUCUCCGUGGCCUUCAAGCUGCUCAUCCUGCUGCUGGGCAGCUGGGCGCUCUUCCUCCGCCGGCCCAAGGCCUCGCUGCCGCGCGUGUUCGUGCUGCGCGCGCUGCUCAUGGUGCUGGUCUUCCUGCUCGUCGUCUCCUACUGGCUCUUCUACGGGGUGCGCAUCCUGGACGCCCGCGAGCGCAGCUACCAGGGCGUGGUGCAGUUCGCCGUGUCGCUGGUGGACGCCCUGCUCUUCGUGCACUACCUGGCGGUGGUCCUGCUGGAGCUGCGCCAGCUGCAGCCCCAGUUCACGCUCAAGGUCGUGCGCUCCACCGACGGCGCCAGCCGCUUCUACAACGUGGGCCACCUCAGCAUCCAGCGUGUGGCCGUGUGGAUCCUGGAGAAGUAUUACCAUGACUUCCCCGUCUACAACCCUGCCCUCCUCAACCUGCCCAAGUCCGUCCUGGCCAAGAAAGUGUCUGGCUUCAAGGUGUAUUCCCUCGGAGAGGAAAACAGCACCAACAACUCCACAGGGCAGUCGCGGGCUGUGAUCGCGGCGGCCGCCCGGCGGCGGGACAACAGUCACAAUGAAUACUACUACGAGGAGGCAGAGCACGAGCGGAGGGUGCGCAAGCGGAGGGCCAGGCUUGUGGUGGCGGUGGAGGAGGCCUUCACUCACAUUAAGCGGCUGCAGGAGGAGGAGCAGAAGAACCCCAGGGAGGUGAUGGACCCCCGGGAGGCCGCCCAGGCCAUCUUCGCCUCCAUGGCCCGUGCCAUGCAGAAGUAUCUACGGACCACCAAGCAGCAGCCGUACCACAGCAUGGAGAGCAUUCUCCAGCACCUGGAGUUCUGCAUCACGCACGACAUGACACCCAAGGCCUUCCUGGAGCGGUACCUGGCGGCCGGACCCACCAUCCAGUACCACAAGGAGCGCUGGCUGGCCAAACAGUGGACACUGGUGAGCGAGGAGCCUGUGACCAGCGGGCUCAAGGACGGCAUCGUUUUCCUCUUGAAGCGCCAUGACUUCAGCCUGGUGGUGAGCACCAAGAAGGUCCCGUUCUUCAAACUCUCCGAGGAGUUUGUGGAUCCCAAGUCGCACAAGUUUGUCAUGAGGCUGCAAUCUGAGACGUCGGUGUGACUGAGCAGCGGCAGGGGUGACGCCAGGGCUCCCGCGGGUCGGGGAGAGCUUGGCUCUCGCCUCCUGCCGCCCUGCCUCCUCCCGCUCCCUUUUGCUUUUACUUGAAUUGACUCCCCCCACUCUCCCGCCGCCCGACUGCUCCCCCCUCCUCCUUAGUCGCCCCCC